AUGUCAAAUCAAUCAAGUCCGCUCAAUCCGACAUGGCAGGGCCAUAUAGCAUCCACGCUCGAUGCUCUGAUGCUCUUCGAAGGUUCCCUUGGAGGUUUGCUCAACCACGUCCCUCGCCGCCCACACGACCGGGAGCGCCAGGACCUCAUUCAGAGCGGCAGCGUCUUCAUCUACGAGGAGCACGCCUCGGGCAUCAAGCGUUGGACAGAUGGCGUCUCGUGGAGCCCCAGCCGCAUCCUCGGCAACUUCCUCAUCUACCGCGAGCUCGAGAAGCCCUUCCCGCCGGGCGAGAAGAAACGGGCCCUCAAGAAGAAAAACAUCAGCAGCUACGUUGCCGCUGGCAUCGACCUCGGCAAGGACACGGAGAGAUCCCUCAUUGGCUCGCUCAUCGACUCGUAUCCGUUCAAGACCGACGGCCUCGUCAAGAAGACAAUCAGCAUCACCUACCGCGGGGUCCCGCACCAUCUCGUCAGCUACUACAGCGUCGAGGAUGUCAUGUCGGGGCGUCUGAUGACCCCUUCAAAAGACAAUCGCUUGAGGGAAAUUGUCCCGCGCAUGGAGCUCAUGACGUCGCAAAACUUCCGAGCUCCCGUCGACGAGGUCGACGCUUCCGGCAGCAUCUUGCAGAGAGCAUGGUCAGGCCCCGGCAUACACACCGUCCCGGUUCCGGCGUAUACGACCUCGCCCGCAUUUGCCUUUCCGCCUGGCCCGCACCACUCCUACGUCUCGUCCAUGGGCCCCUCAAUGGGGGUUCCGAUGUCCUCGUCGAUGCCGCCACCUCUCCCCUCGUCGAUGACAUCGCCGUCUCCAGGCAAUUAUGCCCUCGACCCUAACCGGACGGCGCGCUUUGGAUCUGGGGCCGGCAUCGCCAACGAGUUUCCACGCAACAUGCCGACGCAGAGCCCACCGCGGCGCCAUUCCACAUUUGGGGCGACUCCGUCCAAUGGCAACGCAUACAUACAUCAGCCCUCGUACUACCUUCCUCAUCGAGGACCCUCGAUCAACGCGCAGGAAGGCCAGAACUUCCCGUCCCCGCGGCAAAUGAAGAUGGAAGCAACCGGUGUUGGUCCCGAGGACGGCGCGCCCCAGCAGUAUGGGCUGGACGAGAGUAGCUCCGCAUGGAACUUCGAUACCAUUGAUGGCCCUCACGACCAGCAGUAUUUUGGCAGUCAUGCAACGAAUGGGGCGGCUCAACAGUGGCAGAGCAACGCCAAUAGCCUGGGCCGGACAUGA